CCCUGGAUUCGAGAGGAUAUAGAGAUAAGAGCAGAAGAAGCAAGAAGCAGCUCGAAAUGGCGACUGUUUCUUUCUCCCCAAACGGUUUCUCUCUCAACGGUCCUUUAACCAAACGCCACGUGUCCUCAGUACCGAAAUCUCGGUCUCAGAUCCGAAUCACGUCCUCCGUGAUUGAAGACAGUGCUGGAUUUGGGGAAAGCUGCUCCCCAUUCAAGGAACUAAAAUCUGUUGCUUGUGGCUUGCUUGCUGUUUGGACGGUAACCGCCGCAUCGCCGGUUGUUGCUGCUAAUCAGAGGCUGCCUCCAUUAUCGACAGAGCCAAAUCGGUGUGAGCGGGCAUUUGUUGGAAACACGAUCGGUCAAGCAAAUGGAGUAUAUGACAAACCAAUCGAUCUUCGAUUUUGUGAUUACACAAACGAUAAAUCAAAUCUGAAAGGGAAGUCGCUUGCAGCAGCCCUGAUGUCGGAAGCCAAGUUCGACGGUGCGGAUAUGACGGAGGUGGUGAUGUCCAAGGCUUAUGCUGUUGGAGCAAGCUUCAAGGGUGUGGACUUCUCAAAUGCAGUUUUGGACCGUGUCAAUUUUGGAAAGGCUAACCUUCAAGGAGCCGUGUUUAGGAAUGCAGUGCUAUCAGGUUCCACCUUUGUGGAAGCUCAGUUGGAAGAUGCAGUGUUUGAGGACACCAUAAUCGGUUACAUCGAUCUUCAGAAGCUAUGCACAAACACAUCGAUCAGCACAGAUGGACGAGCCGAAUUGGGAUGCAGGUGAUCGAGACCCUUUGUCUGGUGGGCCCAACGAGGCGAUGUCUUUGUUUGAUGGUCUUCGAUUUUCCAUGUGAAAGUCACUCCUACAACCCAUCCUUAUCAGGAAGUGUGGAGCCCUUGAGUGAUCCAGAUAGUUUUUUUUUUUCUGAUGCGACCAUCAGGUAUGGACCAUGCCCUUAAAAGCCCCUGCAAUAAGAAGAUACUGGCCGUCGAUUUUGUGUCCUUUUUUUUUUUCCAUGUAAUGUAGACUAUUACUUUCUCACAUCUCACUGUCUCUAUUUAGUGGCCAUGAAUAAAAAGGUUAGGAUUUUCCCAACUUGGAGA